AAGAGGAUAUUCAUGAAGCUGUAGAGAAAGAAUUAAGGGAGAUUAAAGAUAUUUUAGAUGAUAACGUUAUUGAAUUUUUUCGAAAUACUUUUCAACAGUUUAAUAGCUUACCCAAAUCUUUUGAAGAUUAUAAGAAUAUCGUUGAGUAUGAAAUUAUUUUACGUAGGAUAGCAGAUAACCCAAUUAAUGAGUCGCUAAUUUAUUUGGAAAAUUCUCAGAUUAAUGAUACUAGCAAGGAUCAAAAAUCAAAAAUUAAUAAAGUAAAUAAACAACAAAUGAUUUCUUCUUUAGAGGAAUUAAAAUCAUUAGCUAGUAAAGUAGCUUAUUUAAAAAGAUUGGAUUUUAUAUAUCAUGUCUUGAAUUCUCCAAACAAAAAAGAAAUUUUAUUUAGCAAUACUCUCUUUACAAAAGAAGAAAUUAAUAAACGGUUUAAAGACAUCGCUUUAUAUUUCCAUUCGGAUAAAACGAACCGAUUUAAUACUCCAAUUUGGCUUCAAGAAAAUCAUAGAAACCUAGGUGACGAACUUUUUAAUUUUGCUCUAGAGUUUAAAGAAAGUUUACUAGAUGACUUGGAAGGAAUCUCACAAAAUGAAGGUUAUUUGACUUUUCACGAAAAAAAAGCAAAUGACCUAUGGAAAAUUGCGAUCGAUUAUCGUAAUGCAUCUAAAGGUCAAUGGGAUAAGUUGAAAGUAUUAAAUAAAGAUGAUGUUGAGGAAUUAUCUCCUGAUAAAUUAAAGAUUUCUUGCAUGGAUAAUGGAAUGUUAGCUUAUCAGGAGUAUCGGGCAGCUUGCAAAUUUGUUGAUAAAUCUAAACAACUAAAAAAGCAAGUACAAUUACGAGGAAAUAUGGCACUAUGCUUAUACAUUUCUAACAAAUUUGUAGAAGCUCAGUUAUAUGCUUUAUCAGCAAUUCAAUUGCAACUUAAAAAUUCUCAAAAUAUCACACAACAGGAAUUUAUUGAGACAAAAAAAAUAUUUGAUAAAGUUAAAGGUGGAGACCCUACGACGGAUACUACAGAGGGGAAUACUUCAGUGAAUACUAAAGAAACUUUUGACCUAGAUACUGAAAUUAAGCUAAAAGACAAAUCUGAUAAUGCAAUGGCUUUAGUAAAAACGGUGGAUCAAGGAAUUUCCUUUUUUGAGAGAAAGGCUAUUCAAGAUGCAAUUAACAACGAUAUGGCAAAAAUAAGUAUUGGGCUAAUGCUCAAGGCAGACCAGAAUUUAGUCCGUUAUCAAGUACCUAAAGAAGUAAUUUUGCACGCCAAGGAACGUGCUGUGAAGCAUAAAGUUGCGGGGGGUGCAGCUACGGGAGGAGCAGUGGUUGUGGGAACGUCAGUAACAGUAACUGCUUGUCUUGAUAUUUAUGAAGCAGUAGCCAUAAUCGGAGUUACGUCAGUUGGUGGUCCACUUGCACUUGUCGGAGGACUACUUGCUCUUGGUUUAGGUAUAUGGGCCGGUGUGAACUUAUGGAAAAGAGGGAACCGUCUCAGAGAAGUUCCAGAAAUUCGUGAAAAUCUUAAUAAAAUCAUGGUCGAAACAAUAGGAGCUUAUAAUAAAGGGGAAUAUCAGGAAGUUAUCAAAGCACUUUCCGAAGAAUAUAAUAAGAAGACGAAGGAUAGUCUUUUAAAAUUAACAAAUCGUGAAGAUUUCAUUAAGGCUGAUGAGUUAAUAGAAACACUAUUAAGGUAUGGUUUUAGAUCUGAUGGUAUUGCUUAUCUAUUAAAUUUGCUUGGUGAGGUUUUAAGUAGUGGAAAAGUAAAAGUUGAAGGAAAAACAAACAAAGAAUUAAAAAUAUUUGCAAUGAGUGUUUAUAAUGGCGCACUAAGUGAAAAACUAGUAGACGAUGCUAAGAAACUUGAUGACCGUAUUCGUGAAUUACGAAAGGGCCGUAUUGUUAGUACUUUUAAUAAAAUUAAAGAUUAUGUUUUACUUAAAGAAUAUAGUGAUAUAGCUCAAGAGCACAAAGAUGAUGCCGAAAAAAUGCCUUUUCAGUCAAGACUGGAAGAAAUGCGCAAUAUUACAAAAAUUAAUCGAGCAAUUUUCGAUAUAUUAGAUGCUGGUGAAGAUGAAAUUGAGCGGGCUAUCAAAACUAUUAAGGAAGUUCAAGAUUCAAUCGACAAUAAUUAUCAGUUUGUUAAUUCUGCUAAAUGGCGUUACGAAGUUUUGGAGGAUUUAUUAUGGGUUAUUAGUGGCAAAGAAUCAUCUGCUGAAUCAUCCGAAGAAUCGCCCAAAUUAUCUCUAAUCACUUACGUAGAUAAUAAAUACAUCAGUUAUCUAAGUCAACAACUAAAACAGGCAUCUUCAAACCAAGAAAAAUUACGUCUUAAUAAUUCAAUAGCAGCAUGCUAUGAACAAUUAGCUGAGAAAGAAGAUAUAAUUAAUCGAUUAAAUGGUUUACGUCAUUGGAAAGCUACUCAAAAGCACUAUGAGAAAGCGCGUGAGAUAGAUCCAGAAAAUUUAGAUGCUGCACUUGGUUUUGCAAAAUGUUUACUAAAAUUAUCUAAAUAUACUCAAGUUAUUCAACUUUUAAAUAUCUGUCCAAACAUAACUUCUUUAUCUGAAUAUUGGUACUUUCGUAGUAUUGCUUAUCAAAAGAAGGCUGAUUAUAAGAAUGCUAAGGAGAAUAUUAUUGAGGCAUUGAAAUUAGAUAAUAAAAACAAAUUAGCUGAUGAACAGAGGUCACUUCUCAAAAAGAUAAGUGAAGAAAUUACAAUUGAAUGGCGUAUUAACCGUUACGAAAAAGAAGGAAAGGAUACCAAAUAUGACGACGUAGAUUAUUUUAAAAGUUCCCAUAGUAAUGAGAGUCCUACUUAUAACAUUCUUUCAAUUGAUGGAGGGGGUGUAUGUGGAAUAUUGCCUGCCUUAUGGCUUAGUGAAAUAGAAUAUCGUACCCAUAGACCUAUUUCUCAUCUUUUUAAUAUGAUAGCUGGGACAUCGGCUGGAGGAAUCAUUGCUGCUGGACUAUCGGUACCAUCCUGGAAGAAACUUUAUGAUUCAAAGAAAAAUCCAUAUUAUGAAUGUUCAGAUUCAGAACCAAAGUUUUCAGCUUCGAAAUUAUUAAAUCUUUAUCAGGACCGAGCAAAAGACUUGUUUAUCACCACAAGUAAUAAUAAUUUAUGGUCAUUUUUUAAACCAAAAUAUACAGAACAAGAUCGCAGUUCGUUGUUUUCUGAAUAUUUUGGUAAAGUACGCUUGAAUCAAGCGCUCACUGAAUUGGUUAUUCCCGCAGUAGAUGAAAAUAACUUGGCACAGACACAUUUCUUUACACGUUAUGAUGAUCGUAGUUAUGAUUCAAAAGAAGAUACUUUUUUUGAUACUGUAAUGGCAACGACAGCUGCGCCUACCCUAUUUCCACCUUACAAGAUAAAAGACAGAGGUAUUUUCUUAGACGGAGCUUUACAUCUUAACAACCCAACAAUAGCAGCAUAUGAGAAAGCUAUCCAAUAUAACGCAGAAAAAGAAAAGAUUUCGGUGCUUUCGCUUGGUACAGGAAGUUACGUCCCGGAUCCUUUAAAUCCUGACCUAUAUCGUGGUAGUCUUUUUUGGGCACGAAAUCUACACAAAGUAAUACUACCUCAACAGGAAGGUAAUGCUGAUAGUUUAAUGUACAGUUUAUUGGGAAAUCGCUAUCAACGAUGGCAAGUUUGGCUUGAAGAACCAAUAGAAUUGGAUGACUGCGAAAGUAUCUCUUAUCUCUUAGAGCUGGGUCAUCAAUAUAUAGAAGAGCUUGAUUCUUCGGAUGAUAACCCUAUAAACAAGUUGGUAGAGUCUUUUGAGAAAGGAUUUGCAAACAAAGUUUUAUGAAAUUUAUUGGAAUUCUUACUAGAGUCGUUAUUUGUAAUUGAGAUAUUCCAUAUGUACAUCAAGGUUUUGACUGUUCUUUUUUUUUCAAACUACCUAUUGUGAUAUUAGCAAACCCGUAUUAAAAUAAAUAAUAUUCUUAAAUAAAGCAAUUUAUUCAGUACUUAAAAAUUUUAUAUCGAAAUUUCUUAAUUGGAUUAAUAAUUAAAAUAA